AUGGCUGCAGCCAUGGAUUUUGACGUUCGCUUCAUCUACGAUGUCAGUGAUCAUGUUUGGGUUGAAGUGUGGAUACCCGAAUACGACAACUGGGUUCAUUGUGAUCCAUGCGAAAAUACUAUAGACCGUCCAUUACUCUAUGAGAAGGGUUGGGGCAAGAAAUUGAGCUAUGUGAUAGCAUUUGGAACAGAUCAUGUUUAUGAUGUCACUUGGAGGUAUACCGUAGACCACAAGCAAACUAUGAAGUUGAGGAAUCAAGUUCGAGAAGCUGUUUUGAGCAAUUUUUUAAUGAAGCUCAAUACAAGGCUGAGCAGCAACUCAACGCAAGAAAGAGUUAAAGAACUGCGAAGACGACGAGUUCGCGAGUUAGUCGAGUUCUUGGUUAUUGGAAAACGACAAACCGAUGGAGAUAACUAUGGGGGAAGAACAUCUGGUGAUGUCGCUUGGCGAGCAGCACGAUCCGAGCUUGGCUGCAGCAUUAAACAGGAUACUAUUAUAAGCCUUACUCAGGAGGAAAUCACCAACAAACAUUUUAGUUUGGAGUAUAAUUGUGCUCAAGACUCCUACACAAGAGGAACUGAAAGCAUUAAGGAAUGGUCAACU